UGGUCUAUAUAGAUAAUUGUGCCCUUCGUGACAGCUGAACGGGGUGAACGGGUGAUCAUCCAUUUACAUUUUAUGUUGCAUUUUUAGUAGUAUUAUUAUCAGUAAUAACAGUAUUUCCUUUCUGCCACUCACACUAGUUGUAUUACGUUUAGAGCAAUCAUUAGAAUAAAGUACUAUAAAAUCAAAAAGCCAGGCACCUUCGAAGACAGCCCGGCGCUUUCUCGACCUUUACGGGUCCUGGCGUUGCUUAGAGACGCGUUGUUGUCGCGCAUCUCCACAGUAAAUUUUUCUGGAACCAAACCGAAAAUUUUAAUCACAAAAUAACGAUGUUUGUCUAGUCUGUUAUCCAGCCGUGAAUGCGAACAAAUUUACGACGUGCUUUAAACAUAUCUGCACUAAAUUGUUAUAAAAUAUUCUGCCGUGAAUAAUGAUUUAGAUUUAGCUUGGGUUAUCAGGCUAAUCUGCUAACUAAUUAGCCAGUUAGCCAAAGCGAGAUUCAGACACGCUCGACGUAUUUUUGGGAAAAUAGACUUUAUUAUUCGCGUUACGGCUUGUGAAGAUGAACUAAACGCAAUCUCUAGAUUUAAUGGAGAAAAGCAGCGGUGUUUCGGCUGUUUUCUUCAUCUAAUCUAAUCCCGGUGUUUCGGCUGUUUUCUUCAUCUAACUUAAUCUAAUCCCGGUGCGGGAAAACGCUCAGUGUUUACAUCCCUGCUGGACUCGCGAUGGACUCAGGAGGCGUCUCUGAUCUAGACCUGGACAAAUAUGACGCUGAUGAACAAGUCAAGAUCAUCUGCCUCGGAGACAGCGCUGUGGGCAAAUCCAAGCUCAUGGAGAGAUUCCUUAUGGAUGGAUAUCGGCCUCAGCAGCUCUCCACAUACGCUCUGACUCUGUACAAAUACACCACCACCAUCAAUGGACAAACCGUCCUGGUUGAUUUCUGGGAUACUGCAGGGCAGGAACGUUUUCGAAGCAUGCACCCGUCUUACUACCAUAAAGCUCAUGCUUGUGUCAUGGUGUUUGAUGUCCAGAGGAAAAUCACAUAUAAGAAUCUCCCAAAUUGGUACAAAGAACUGCGGGAGUACCGUCCAGAGAUUCCCUGUCUGGUGGUCGCUAACAAGAUAGACGCUGACAUUAAGGUCACCCAGAAGAGUUUCAACUUCGCUAAGAAACAAGGUCUGCCUUUCUACUUUGUAUCUGCUGCCGAUGGGACCAAUGUGGUCAAGGUGUUUAAAGAUGCCAUUCAGAUGGCUCUGUCCUACAAGAAGAACUCCAGUGACUUCAUGGAUGAAGUCAUGAGGGAGCUAGAGAACUUUGAAUUAGAGAGUAAAGAAGAAUCAUAUGAUAAAGAAGAGACACAAGAGGGAAAACUGGACUCAGCGUGACCACUCAUCACACUUUUCUUAUUCUCUGUUUUCACUGCUUCUGCAGUUGUACUGAUGAGAUCUUCAGAUCAUGGCUGUCCUCUCACCAUCCUGAACAGCUGAACUCUACCUCACACCACUCAAAGUGUGUCUGAUUUUGGAAUAAAUUAUGCUUUGGUGAAUGUACAGCUGGCAUUAACAGAUGAUGGACAUGAUGGAAUCACAAUGCACUCUGAACUUUGAUUUGAUACGAAUUGUGGAGCAUGCAGAUUUAGCAUGUAGAUCUAAAACUUUUAAAACUCUGGAAUGUGAAGCUUUGUGCCGAAUGUAACAUGAAAUAUUUGUAAUUUACAUUUUUUUGAUUUCAGGUGAAAUUUUCAGUGAAAUAUUUAUGAGCCACUGAGAUUUAAGUGUACUAUUUUAUAGCAUUUGCACAUUUCAAGUAACAAAUGGUGAUGCUCACUGGUAUCAAUAAAGUACUUGAUCUUUGUACAAGGGUAGUUGAUUAUACUGUACAAGCUGAAACAAUUACCGUAUACCGUUUUAGGAUAAGCAUGUUUCCUUAUACAUUUACAAAACGCAAACUUUUAUGUUCAUCCCAUUUGCCAAUUAACCUGAUUUUUAUAUUAAAGCAGAUUGUUAGAAAAAUAUCUGAGAAUAGGAUCAAACUCUUCUCAGGAAUGGAUGAGACAGCCAUGAUGCAAACUCAGUGUAGCGGAUGAAUGUGUUUGUGAAAACCAGAGCAAAUAAAGAGCAGUGACUACUCUGAUGAUCACUGACAAAA